AUGCAAAGCUUUAACAACACUGCCGAGACUUACAAAAUAUGCAAUGUCCUUCACUCCAGUAUAUGCGGUAGAGAGGAUUGUUUUUGUAGCACACGGAAAGGAAAGAAAUCCUGCCAGUCAUGUGAUGUAUGGUGUGAUAGGACUGAAAGUGUGGAGUGUUACCAUGGUGACUGUGAUACUUUGGGAUGUCAGUGUGAGCCAUGCUAUACAGGGGACAGCUGCAGCGAAUACAGCAACUUGUAUGCUCCUGAGUAUGUCCACCAAACGUUCGUAGCAAAAGUGGAGACUUUUUCUCGCGGAGUUCUGCGCGGUGUGGCAGCGUCAGACCAAGACUCCAGUAGCUGUGCUGAGGCAGGCUUCUCCCAGUGUUAUUGUUCUAAAAUUAUUCACAGACUAAUAAACGUCUCCUCCAACAUUGGGGAUUUUAAAAUUAACCACGACACGGGAGAUCUCUCCUAUGACGUUAUGACAGAAGAUAUCAUUGUUUUAAAUAUUGCAGCAUAUAAUUAUGAUGAAUUUGGCUAUCCUGACAUUCAAGCUACCCACACUGGGCAUGCAAAAGUGAAAAUAUAUGUCACAGAUAAACCAAUUCAAAAUUUAGAAACGCAUUUAUUCAUUAUGGAAAAUGUUCCUAACAUUUACAACUGGCGAGAAGAAAUUUUUGAAGAACAGACAGGAGUGAUGAAAAACUCACAUUUUAGAUAUAAAAGACAAGUGAUUGUUAAUUAUUUCUUGCAGUCAUCUAUUCCCGGAAAUGUGACCGCAGUGAUGACGUUAACUUCUGGAGAAAUUGCCAACGUGACGUCUGAUGUUUAUUUUUACAAUUUUCUUCCUAUAUCUUUAACAAUAUCUAUUCCUGAGGGCAGUAGUUUUAUGUCUGCAAAAAUAAACAGUGAUAAGACGGCCACAAACAGUCCAAUGUUUUUCUUCUGUGACCCAGAUGUAACAUUUGUUGGGAGUAAUUUCUUUGGAUGGAGUCCUGAUCAGUACACCACCAUACUGACAUCAUCAAAUGAACCACAGGUCAAGGAUAUGCUUGAGGUUGACCUUGGUAUCGUUACCAACGACGGCAGUGACACAACAACAGUUGAAGCCAACGACAUCGUCAUUGAAUACUUCGCUUACGUAAUGGAUCCAGGUGACACCCUGUUUGAUCAACCAAUCAAAAUUUUUGCAGAUAUAGUUUGGAAUAAUUCAACAUGGAUGGUGCUUGAAAAGGAAUUCAUGAUCAGAAGUUUUGCUAAUGCACCAAAUGACCCUUUGAUGACAGUAGAUGGACCUGCGAGUCUGAAUCCGAGCGUCGUGGGGACCUGGACAGUAAAAACAUUUAUUCUUCAUCCACAUGCAGACAUGUCGGUAGAAAUAUUUGGUACCGUGCCUAACUCUGUUGACCUAUGUUCUGCCUCUUACGUCGGACAUGGGGAUGCUUACAAAUGUAACAACGUCUCCCAGAUAUCUUCAACUCCGAGCGCCACUGGCAGUGGUGGAUACUUGUUCUCCUUUGGAAAGGUCUUCAACACAGAUUAUAACGUUACUGCUAAUGCUGAAAAAUACUUCACUUUUUUGGUCUAUGGAAAAAUACCUACAUCAGCGGUGAUUGGUCAAAAUUACAGCUUCACAGUAAAUGUUGAUCUCAGUGGCGUCACGUACACAUAUCAACACAAUGUUACAGCCUCGAGUGUUGCUAUUCCACAAGCUCCUGGAACACCGAUAAUGACUCUUUUACCUCAUUCAUCGACAAUUUAUCAAGGUGGUAAAGAGAGGAUAGAUGUUGAAUUGACAACUAUCGUGAAUCAGACGGAAACUUAUUUAAUCACAAUUAUGAACCCUACUCCAACCGAUAAGCUUGUGCACAUUUGCGAUGUUUCACUUGGUACUGUUGGUAGUAAUAUCAUGUGUAGUGUCAACUCAUUUAACACCAUUUACGUUAGCAGUGAAAACAACAACUUAAACGAUAAGGUCAUCAUUGACCUUGGCAUCAUUACCAAUAUGGCUUUGAAUGCUGGUAUUGUGAACAACACCGUCGGUGUAUCUGUCACAAUCUGUUACGUCAACACGGGUAAUUUAAAUCCUGGUGACACCAUCACCAUCAACGGUGAACUGCAGCACGGAUCCGUCAUUGAGCCACUCCAGAGUACUGUAGUGAAUGUUGUGGCAGGGACACCAACAACAGCGGCACCUGCUAUUACACUGACGUAUGGAAAUGGAUAUUCCAACAUUCUACCAAGAGGACGUGCUGUGUAUGAUUUGUCUUUCACUCUCUCCCCGAGCACAUACUACAAGAAUAUCAACGUCUCUUUCAUGACCGGAAAUGGCAUUAUAGCCAAGACUUCCCUCUGCUCUGUUUCUGUUUUUGUAAUUGGUAACGUCACUUGCAGUAAGAUUUCCUCGGCCGAAUAUAUAAAGAAUGCAGCUCGUUCUGAUGUGCAUGAUAGUGGAUAUGUAAAUCUUGGAUCUUUAGAAAACUCUGGUAACCAGGAUGUAACUAUUACAGCACGUGCCAUCAUUUCCUUGUUAGAUGAUGCAGUUGUAGACGGUGAUUCUAUUAUAACCAAUGCAUCAGUAACUUAUAACACUGAUGGAGUGUGGGAAGGCUACAUCUCCUCUAUAGUUAAUUCUGUAAACUCUUAUCCAAGUUCAACAAUUCAUUAUUCCCUGACCUCACCCCAAGUCAUAGCUGUCUCCAACAGAGGUGCAGCCGAGUUAGAUCUUUCUGCAGAACUGCCGAUCGGUGUCAUUACCCAUAUGCAGAUUGUUGUAACAGCUAUUCAUACAGAAGUGUCCAUCUGUUCGAUUUUUAUUAAAUUCGCCGGGGCAAAUAUACCAUGUGCUUCGCAAGGUGUCACGGUGCCUAAAACAAAAUAUUCCUCUGGAGGUGGUAAUUCUGCAGUUACUUUCAAUCUGCCGUCUGUUACUAAUUCUGGUGAGUCACCAUCAGCAGCAGACAGUACUAUCAAGUUUGGAAUUAUUGCUCUUGUACGUGAAGGGUAUGACUUUCCUAACCUUGGGAGUGCAUAUUUUGAUAUAAACAUUGAACAUGUCGAUGAAUGGGCCACCGGAACGAAGGCAGCAAGCAUUUAUGUGAAUUCCAGUAACACUUACACUAGUAUUGCACCUAUUGUUCAAGUAGAUUAUCCCUCCGGAAGUAAUGCAAUAAAAGGGUCAACAGUAUCUGCCAACGUCAAAGUAUACACAUCCCCUAAUUCAAACACGGACUAUAAACUGGAUUUUAUUCCGACCACUGUUGGUAAAAUACAUGUAUGUGGCGUAAAAAUCAUUUCGAGGAUGAAGCAUGUCUGCCUUGACGACGUAACAAAUACAUCAUUUGUAAAAAGCGCAGAUAACUCUACCUACGAAUCAGCAUCAAUUCAGAUCGGCAACGUCAUCAACUGGAGCCCAGAUGGAUCUACACAUCAGCAAGAUGCUAAUAUGUUUGUCGUUCAAGUAACAUUAGGCAUUGCAAAUGAUGCCAGUGUAAGUGUAGGAGAGUCCUUGUCCUGCAGUAUAGUGUUAACCCACAGUGUGUCCCAGACCGUGUCCGACUCAGCCACUAUUACAGUCGUUUCCACACCAGACAGUGUCAACACAAAUAUCGGUGUCACCAGUAGCCCCCCGUCUGCUGGAGUGGUGUAUGCGUCUAUCAGCGAGUACGUGACGUGGGGUGUUAAACUUGAACUACCAAGAACCACUGAUCGAUACACCAUGACGCUAACAAUGCCCCACUCUGCAGGAGAGGCACAUCUGACUAUAGUGAAUGCCAGUCAUGUAGCUUCUGAAACAGGCAUCGGUUGUUCCCAAAACACAACCCUUGGAACCACAUCGACUUCAGAUCUGUCAACAACGCAGAUGACUCAAAUGACGGUUGAUCUGGGGGUUCUCUCUAACACUGGUAUUAAUCAAUGAUAGAUUCACCCAUUUGUCUUUACUCUUUAGAAGUUGCAUGAUUUAGUCCGCGUGGUAGAAAUUGCCUUCACUUUUCAAGUAACGGAUCACAGUGGAAAUACGCACGGAUCUGUUCAGUCCUUCAAUAUCGCAGUGCAAGGUGAGAACGGAGGGUUCGCCACAACUUCUGGAAAAGUGACCAUACAAGUGGAUGGUACUGAGGCUGCACAGCUAGAAUUCGACACCUGGACAGACCCUGUGCCACACACACAAAUAUUCUCAGGGCACGAACUUAAAUUGUAUGGAUUGCUUAAUCUGGUGAACACAUCGAGGGCACAUGCUUCUUCUGUUGUCGUGCACUUCCUGUUGCCAUCGUAUACAGUUUUCUUUGCUCUCAAUGAGUGGACAGUGCUCCAACCCAGCGUGACAGUUACAGCAACUGGUGGCGUUGAUUUAACGUAUCCCAUCAUAAAAUUUACGGAUUUCCCCACCUUUUCACUGAACAUUACAAUAGAUCCAAACUCGGAAUUUGAGUCCGGACGCAUGAAUAUCCACACAGUCAUUCCGGCAGAAGUGUCUUACAUGUCAUUUCAAAGACCAGAUCGAGCGGAUAUUAAUGUACACAACACAUUAUUAGAUAUAGUGGAGUUUGGAUUUAAUUCAGAAGUUUGCAAUAAGAUUAUUGGGACAGAUACAGAUGUCAUCUCUGAUUCCCAGAUAUCUGCAUCAUCUGAAAAAAACUUGGCUGUCAAUGUCAAAAAAUCAUCAGGCACAGGAUGGAGGCCCAGGAAACGAGGCAAACCUUUUUGUCAAAAUGAGUUUGUAAUGGUACACUUUAUAGAUAGAAUGAAAAUUAUCGCCUUUUCGGUGCUGUCAGCCGGAAAUGAUAAUGAUGAUUACGUCACUAAUAUGACAGUCCAGUAUAGUGAUGACGGAAUUUUUUGGACCUAUGUAACCGACAACAAUACGGAAAUUAAGUCCUUCAUUGUUGCUUUUGAUGAUAGCACUAAGACUGUUAAUGACGCUUAUCGAUUUUCAUUGGAUGAUUCGGAGAUAUUUACAGCAGCAAAUGUCAGAAUUGUUCCUACAUCCGGGAAACUUAGGCCAUGUGAUCCAGUCAUUCGAGUGGAAUUUGAAGGGUGCAAGAUGAGCACCAACGAUGUCAACAGUACAGCAAUGAGUAGUCCGAGUUUCCCGGUGUCUGAGAGAUCUUUGCUCAAAGACACAAUGGCAGAAACAAUGUUUGCUUGUAUCAAGAAUGGAGUAGAAGGAGACAACACAUGCUCCCGGUCUAUUGACAACGGGACAUCUUGGGAAGAGUUGAUUGGCAUUGGACAAGUAGUAGGCGUAAAGAAUAGGACGAUAUUGGUGGGAGUCUCUCAGGAUGUUAUGGCAAAUCUCUGUAGUGACGACAAGGGAGUCACGUGGAUAAGCUGUCAGGGAGUAGACGUCACAGAAAUUACGUCAGAUUCGAAUUAUGUCGCUGGGAUACAGCAGCCAUUCGAUGAUUUCAGUGCCGUAGCAGACGACACAAUGCUUUUAACCUAUGGUUUCAUCCAGCAAGACUUAGAUGUUACAGGAACAAUGAGUGGGAUCAAAGUCAGACACUCGGGGAGUGCCUGGUCGUCUGUGGCCUGGUGGGGCUCCUCAGACUGGUCAUUACUUUAAUGUUCGGAAUUCCUGUUAUCCACAUAAUUUGAAGAAGUGUUAGUAGAAAGCAACAACUACCCCAUCAGUGACAUUUUCUUUGUUUCUAAUCCAUGUUCGUCCACUCAUCGUCCUGCGAUUUGUCAAGCAUAUUUCAAGCUUACAAUUUGUAAAGUUUGUACUUGAUGCAAUUAUUUAAUGUUUUUAGAAAAACAAGCAAAAGAUUUUUUUCAUAUAUAUUGUUGUAACAUUUCAUAUUUUUCUUAUUUAGUAGAUCCUAUAGUCUGCCCCACACGAGCACUUCCACGUCAUUUUGGGACUUUAUUGAGUUAGGGGUAAAACAAUUUUCAACUGUUUUAUCUUGAAAGAAAUUGCACCUUAUUUCAAUGUUAGAAAACGUCUGAGUUAUUUCAGGCAGCGAGUGAAAAUUUGAAAUUUUAAGAUUUUAUGAAAUACAUGUAGAUUUAAAAUAAGAUUUUGAGGUGAACAAUAUUUUUAACCUCUUUGAAAAAUGUAUGUACAUUCUGUGUAUCUCAUGAUCUACAGAUCAUGCAUUGCAAAGCAUGUAGACAACAACUGGUAUCAACUAUAAAUACUACACAAAAUAAGAAUACUUUACACACCCUAAAUACACAUUUACAGAGAGAUUAGAUACUAGUACAUGAAAAUUAUCAUAUUUUCACUGGCUUUCCCAUAUUUGUCUCAAUUCCUUGCACAGGUCUAAAAUCUUUGAUUAAAUUUUAAAAUAUUAGAAAUACAUGUAAAUAAAAAUAACAGCCCUUUAUACUAUUUACUUAAACAGGUAGCAUGCUCUUACCUGACAAAGUCAUAAGUUCUGUAUAUUGAAUUUUCAUGCAUCUCAAGAAUCUCGUGGAUUCUUUUUAAGAUUAAGUGCUGUGACAAAGAAAGUUCACAUUAGUUUUAAUUUCUGAUUAAAAUUUGUCGUCUUUGUUGUUUUGUUAAAAAUAAUUAUUCAUCUCAUACCUUUACCAUGCAAACCUGGCACAAAAUACUCCUUGGUAAAAGAAAUUCAAAAUUUCUAAACGGAUGACCACAAAAAUAAAAAUGAAAAAGAAAAGAAAUUGUGAAAACGGAAUGUACCGCUUAAUUAUAAAUAUUUAUAAUUAGAAAUAUCCAAAUAUAUAAAUUGUAAAACUAAGAAUUUAUGUCUUAUUAUUUUUGAAUUGAAAUAUUUCUGUCUUAACCAAAAUGGGAUCACGAAACGUUACGAUUUCUUUUUACAAGCAACAGGAGUACAAUAAAAAUGGUUUGAAAAUAUUCUCUCGAAGGUAUGAAUUGAUUGUAUUUAGACAGGAUGGGAUGUGUUACGUGAAAGUUAGAUAAAGAACAGUAAUUAAUAAGGAAAUAUGUAUUUUUUUUUAUUUGUAAGAUUACGCCAACUUUCGUGAGCCAUUGUGGUCUAAAUAUACUUUAAUUAAAAGUGUAUUGUGUGAUUUUUCAAAAAACGACAAUUAUGUCAAAUACAUGUGCCAAUUUUAGUAAAAUAUUUAAUAUUGA